AUGCAGCAUCUUCGCCGAAACAACGAAACUCCGCAGUACCACGACGCACUCCCCCGCAAACGGCAGUUGAGCAUCCGAAAGCAUGUCAACGCCUCAUCGCGAGCAGCAGUGGCAGGCGGACGUGGGGCAGCAAGCAACCACGUGUGGCUGCAUCAGCGUCCCCAUCUGCACGCACCCACACAAUCAGCUAAGUGCUCGCUCCUUCAUGUGUCCGCCCUCGUUUCGUUUUCCUGUCAUUUUUUCACCCUACGUCCCCUCGCUGCCUACUCACCAGCUCUGCGUGUGUGCCUUGCAGGUGGGGGGGAGGGGUGUGGGAUCAGCAUCGCCAUUCCCUCACGCCUCUCCCCGGUGGCCGUGCAGGGAGGGACGCACACGGGAAGGCGGGGAGGAGGGCUGCCGGGGAAGGAGUCACCUGGUACCCCUCAGGUGCAGCCCUUGGGUCUGUGGUUUGUGACUUGGCCUCCACCAGUGGCCCCUCCCCUCUCCCGCCUUGCAAAUGCCGUUCCCUCUCACCAUUCCUCCUCUCGCUGCCCACUGACCAGCUCUGCGUGUGCCUUGCAGGUGGAGGGGAGGGGCGGGGGUCAACACCGACGCUUCCCCACGCUCCUCCCCUGUGGCCGUGCAGGUACCUGUGGGGACGGGAGGGAGGCAACACUGCCAGUCGCUGCCGCAAGGGAGAGUAUUGGGGUGGGCUUGGCCUCUCAAGCUGCAGUCUUUGUUGUUGUUCCUGGUCAUGCCAACUCAACUGCUGUUACUUCCUCCCCUGUCUGCUGCCCCUACCAGGUCACUUGGCAUCGAGUGAAGACUGAAGCAGAGGAAGCUGAGUAG